GGUUGCGGUUCCGGUCGGAAUUACCCGGCAACGCACGCAGACAUGGCUGCGCUGGUAGUGAGAGGUGUUCGGGACGUGCUGAAGCGGGCCGACUUCGCGACGGUCCCGCGGAGACAUCGACAUAAGAAGAAAUGGGCUGCCACAGAGCCGAAAUUUCCUGCCACUCGACUGGCUCUGCAGAAUUUUGACAUGACCUACAGUGUGCAGUUUGGGGAUCUUUGGCCAUCAAUCCGGGUCAGUCUCCUCUCAGAGCAGAAGUAUGGUGCAUUGGUCAAUAACUUUGCUGCCUGGGAUCAUGUGAGUGCUGAGCUGGCGCAGCUGAGUGCCAGGGACUUUGUGAAUGAAGCCAUCUGCCACAGGGAACGGGAGCCAGAAAGUGGCCAGACUGCAGCUCCCUCCCCAGCCUCCUCGGCCUACAGUCCGCACAGUCCCAAUCUUCACAGUCCCAAUCUUCGAUGCUUCACUUUCCCCAGAGGGGAUGUCAGCCGUUUCCCUCCUGCCAGGCUUGGCAGCCUGGGUGUCAUGGACUACUACCUGAUGGAUGCUGCCUCCUUGUUGCCUGUCCUGGCCCUCGGCCUGCAGCCUGGUGACACUGUGCUUGACCUAUGUGCAGCCCCUGGGGGAAAGACACUAGCAUUGCUUCAGACUGGCUGUUGUCGCAAUCUCGCUGCCAAUGAUCUCUCCACUUCCCGAACAGGCAGACUGCAGAAGGUCCUUCACAGCUAUGUACCUCAAGAUAUCAGGGAUAGGAAUCGAGUUCGAGUCACCUCAUGGGAUGGCAGGAAGUGGGGAGAACUGGAGGGGGACACCUAUGACCGGGUGCUGGUGGACGUGCCCUGUACCACAGACCGCCACUCCCUUCAUGAGGAGGAGAACAACAUCUUUCAGCGGUCGAGGAAGAAAGAACGGCAGAUGUUGCCUAUGCUGCAGGUGCAGCUUCUCGCGGCUGGACUCCUUGCUACCAAACCAGGAGGCCAUGUUGUCUAUUCUACCUGCUCACUCUCACACUUACAGAACGAGUAUGUGGUACAAGGCACCAUCGAACUCCUGGCCAAUCAAUACAGCAUCGAGGUUCAGGUGGAAGACACGACUCACUUCCGAAAGAUUUUCACGGACACAUUCUCUUUCUUCCCAUCCUGCCAGGUUGGAGAGCUGGUAAUCCCAAACCUCAUGGCCAAUUUUGGGCCUAUGUACUUUUGCAAAAUGUGUAGGCUGACCUAGCCUCACUCUGUUCCUGAAGCUCUGGUGUAGGAGGACACAGGGUGUACUCCCAUGGAGGCACCAGAAACCAAGACAAGUGGCAAAGAUGCACUCUGGGUCCUAUCUCCAUCCAGUUCAAGUCCUUCUGUAGACAGUUUUCAGCAGUAGAAAGUAGGAGUUUUUCUGUCCUGCUGUCCAAUUGUGGAGCAUCAGCAGGUUUCUCUUAUUACACCCCACCCCCAUCCCCCAUCACCAAGCCUGUGCUAAAGUGUCCUGCUCCAUUGGGGGCUUAGAAGGAAGAGCCAGUGAGCUGGCCCACACUUUAAGCUGUAAACUUGGGAAGAAGCAUUUAGCCAAUAAAAUUGUUGAAGCUCUAUAGAGCUGGGGCUGAAGUUGGGGGCCUCAUGUCAGUCCAAGUACUGUUAGUUUCCUUUGUACCAGCUGCUGCUACUGAGCACUAGCUCCCUGGUGCCCAAAGCCCAGGACCUCAGCCUGGUUACAGGCCCCUGAUUACAGAGCCCCUCUCACACUUGAGGCGAGUUCUUCUUGGU